AUGGUCAGCGGCUCAGGUUGCUUGGCCAGGAGCCAGAGAAAUUCAGGUUUCAAAUGUAGCGAAGAUCAGUUUACCUGUAAGAACGGCGAAUGUAUCAAGAGGAAUUUGUUGUGCGAUGGCGACUUUGCCUGCAAGGAUCAUUCAGAUGAAGAGAAUUGUGGGUGUUACUCCAGUAUGUUCGCUUGUAAAGAAGGAGAAUGUCACCCAGCAACGGCAGUGUGUAAUGGUUACGAGGACUGCUCUGGCGGAGAUGAUGAAAGCAACUGUCGUUCUACCAGGUGCAAUCUUAAUGAUUUAGCGUGUACCUCCAAAGAUCCCACUGGACAAAAUAGAUGCAGAUCUUUCAGAGGUAACUGUAACUUUCAAACGAGCCGUUGUGGACUAAACCCUGACAAGAAUGCCACUUUCCAGUGGACCGUGGACUCUGGUCAGACGCCAACAGAAGGAACUGGGCCGAGUUACGAUCACACUUCGUUCAGCAAGGAUGGAGAGCGGGAAAGAUUAGAUAAAUGCUAUUUUCCGACAGUUUUAUUUUCCAACCGCACAAGCAACAUCUGUCUAAGUUGGCUUUCAUUAACGACAGCGACAACUGUCUGUAUCACACCAAAGUUGGAUGUUGUUAAUUACACAAGCUUUCCACUAGAUGUUGUUGUCCUAAGCAGUGACGCGGAGAAAAAUGCUCGAAAGAUUUAUUUGAUUGAUAGAGGUCCGCAUGGUCAGAUGAUGAGUCUUAAUAAUCACCGAAAUGACAGUUGCUGUGGAAGAAAAAUAGUAUUCUCUUUUUAUGCUCUUAAUGUUUCUGAACCAGGCGGUAAUAUAACCUUUGGAUGCGAACCUGGCUGGUACAGAGCUGGUAUUUCGUGCUUUCUGUUCUAUAAAACAUCCACCUUAAAGUGGAGUGAUGCACGGACGUUUUGCCACCGAUCCAACGCUGACUUUGCCUAUCUCAAUGACGCGUCCACGAUGGACGCCAUAGCCAAUAGGAGGAGAGAACUAAAAUUUGACACUCACGGUGGAAUUUUUCUUGGAUUGACUGUUCAAAGCACUGAUUGGCUCUGGAUAGAUGGACAGAUGGUUUCUAACACGAAUAAUCUGUGGGGCCCGGGAGAACCGAGUGGAGAUGGAAAAUGUGGAACUUUCUUAAAUGCUAUAGGAUGGUCUUCAGACUGGGUUGGUUAUGGAUGGCGAUGGAACGAUCAACCGUGCAAUAGUUUGAAAGGGUACAUCUGUGAACAGCCACUUGAUGUACCUAUGCCAGUGGCAAUUUUUACUCUGAGGGGUGCAAAUGGAACGGUGGACUUGAGUCGAAAUGGAGCCACUAAAGCUAAGUCUAAUAACAUUACGUUUGAGCCUGGUCCUUGUGGAAAUCCAAAUGGCUCCUUCUUCUUUAGUGGUAUGAAUGACAGUUUCGUGCACCUUGAAAAUAACGGAGAACUUGACACAAGGCUCUCUACUAGUAUUCUUGCUUGGGUGUACCUCCAAAACUCCACUAGUUUUAUUUACAAAUAUGAAACAGUUUAUAAUUUUUCCACUUGCUCGCUGAUAGUAGUUCCUCAAUCACUUGGUGUUCAAGUUACAUACAUAGAUAGGAAAACUUUAAAGGAAUAUUCUCUCCACAAGAAAAACAUUUUGAACUCAGACAAAUGGAACUUUAUUGGAACAACAUAUGAUUACCACACAGGGAUUGCAACCAUUUUUGUCAAUAAUAGCGUAGUCACCCAAAAAGUUCUCAAAGUAAAAAUGGAACUAGGUACUGCUUCAGAAGUGCUGAUUGGAGGUUCGACCAGAUCGAAUAAGUUCUUUCGUGGCAGGAUAUCCUGUUUACAGGUGUACGAUCAGGCAUUAUCUGUGGACCAAAUAAUCAAAGUCAAGUCAAGGUGUAAUCAAACUGCACAAUUCGAAUGUGGUCCAAAUUUCUUCCAUCUCUAUGGCGGUUGUUUCUCUAUUCACACCCAGAGCGCACUUUCAUGGAAAGACGCUCAAAUAGACUGCAGUCGAAAAGGUGGUACUCUAGCCAAAGUAUCACGGGAAGGCUUGCGAUCUGCCUUAUCUAACAAGCUGGAAGCAAUGAAACCAAAGCCGGACACGUUGCAUAUUGGUUUUUCGGCGCGAUACACCUGGGUUUGGAUCGAUGGCAACCCGUUGAACGCCUCCUUAUGGAUGCGUGGAUAUCCUUCUGGUGAUCAUGGACACCAGAGUUGUGUAGUUCUCUCAGCUAAUUCGUCACGAAUCAAGAAUGAAGAUUGCAAAACGUACAGGAAUGCUCUGUGCUCCAAACGUGCUGAAAAGCUCUUAUCGCGUCAAAAUUUGCCCCAAAGCUCGAGUGUUCUACUACCAAAUUAUCCUUAUCUGGCUAUUGACAGAUCCUUUUCCACAUGUUUUAGAUCGAAAAAGGAGUCCAGCCCUUGGUGGAAGGUGACCCUUGAAAAGCCCCUCUAUGUUGAAUCUGUUGAGAUCACUGAAAAUCACGACUGCUGUCCACGAGAUAAUGGCAUUCUUAGCGUCGGCGUAUCCACUGAUGAAACCAGUUUACAUCAAUCUUGUACCGAGUCUGUGUCCUAUGGAAAGUCGUGGGAUUACAAAGUACGCUGUUCUCCACCAGCGCGUGGACGUUACGUGACAUUCAAGUUGAUUGGUAGCAAUGUAACGCUAGUUCUUUGCCAGGUUGCGAUUCGCACAAUUGAGUUCACCAGCGAAAUCCACGGAGUUUGGCGUGAUGCAUGGUAUAACGUUAACUACGACAGUAAAAAAGCAUCAACUAUGCGCGAAAAUCCUGCUUUCCAAGAUACACCGCAAAGCCAAAUAAUUCUUCGAGAUUUCGAUGCACCGGUAAACGUGGCAGAAAAUUACAUUCAACGCUUGACUGGUUACUUACAGGUUCCUGAGAGUGGUAAUUACACAUUUUACGUGGCAUGCGAUGAUUUAUGUGAACUAUGGAUACACGAUGUUACUGAGGAUUGCAUUGAAACUGUUGAUAGGAAGUCAGAAAAGACUGUGUCAAGGCAACCAAUCAUCACCAUUGAAAGAUGGACUGGCCAUCAACAAUGGGACAAAUUCUUAAAUUUUCCGGUUGUGUUAGGUUUCAAAUGUAGCGAAGAUCAGUUUACCUGUAAGAACGGCGAAUGUGUCAAGAGGAAUUUGUUGUGUGAUGGCGACUUUGCCUGCAAGGAUCAUUCAGAUGAAGAGAAUUGUGAGUGUCCUUCCAGUAAGUUCUCCUGUAAAGGAGGAGGAUGUCUCCUAACAACGGCAGUGUGUAACGAUUACGAGGACUGUUCUAGCGGAGAUGAUGAAAGCAACUGUCAAAAUCCAUGUCCCUCCAGUCAUCAGUGCCUUGAUGGAUCGUGCAUUCCCUGGUCAGACACUUGUAGUGAAACACCCUUCUGCAGGGAUGGAACUAACGCACCAUCUAUAUGCGUAUCUGCCAGGUGCAAACUUAAUGAUUUGGCAUGUACCUCCGAAACUUCCACUGGACAAAAGAGAUGCAGAUCUUUCAGAGGUAACUGUAACUUUCAAACGAGCCGCUGUGGACUGAAGCCCGACAAGAAUGCCACUUUCCAAUGGACCGUGGGCUCACAUCAGACGCUAACAGAAGGAAGUGGGCCGAGUUACGAUCACACUUCGUUCAGCAAGGAUGGUUUUUAUAUCUAUAUUGAAGCUUCUCGAAGAAACUUUGGAGACGAGGCGAGAUUGCUUAGCGACUGGAUGAAACCUAAUGAGACAGUCUGCGUUAAGUUCUGGUAUCACAUGCAUGGGUCGGACAUUGGUAAUCUGAGUAUUUACCUCAAAACUAACCAAUCAGAAACCCUUGUUUGGAUGGUUUCGGGAGAUCAAGGAAACCGUUGGCGAUAUGGUCAGACGGCUUUGAAUAGCACCCUUUGGUUUAAAUUUGUACUGGAAGGAGCAGUUGGUACUGGAAGUAAAGGGGAUAUUGCAGUGGAUGAUUUUACGGUGGUGGACGGAGCAUGUGAAAAAAUCUUCAAACAAACGAGUCCAGACUGCUAUUUUGAAGAGAGUGGGUGCGAUUGGUACGUUCAUGAUGGAGGGGUUCUGAAUACUCAUUUGGCGGGAAUGGGAAAGCGAGGAUACGCCUCUUUACCGGUUGGAGCAUCAGAACCGCCAUGUUUUCUCUCGUCUUCCAUCAUCAACAGCAUUGCUUAUGAAUGGAACUGCCUUCGUUUCUGGCGCAAGGCUUCGUUAACUGUGUUAUUAAACAACACAAAGAUGAACAAAACUCAACUUCUUUUUCAUGCAGAAGAGGCGACCAAUAUGUGGCGUUACGUACAGCUUCCAAUACCAAUCAAUUCAACUCAAAUUCAGAUUCAUUUUGUUGGUGUCUGCAAAUUCACUCAUGGACCAUUUGUGGACAUCGCAAAUGUUUCUUUCACCAAAGAACCCUGCAAACUGAUUCCUUGGAGCGCUGGUAAAGAUUGUCAAAAGCCUCUUGGCAUGGAGAAUGGAGCUAUCUCCAAUGAACAAAUCACUGCUUCAUCGCAAUGGAAUGCCUACUAUGCCCCUUCCCAGGGCAGGUUACAUUCUAAACAAUCAGGCGUUAAAUGGAGAUCUUGGUCAGCCAGCGUAAACGACAAUAACCAAUGGCUUCAAGUGGCUCUGGAAAUUCAGUACAUGAAGAUCACAGCUGUAGCAACACAAGGACUGAGUGAAUAUUCUGAGUGGGUAACGAAGUACAAGCUGCAGUAUAGCGGGGAUGGAAUAAGCUUCCAGUAUUACAAGGAGCCAGAAGAUAUUGAAGAGAAGGUCAUACUCGAGAAACUCUGGAUUAAACGCCGCAAUGAAGUUAUCACUGGCGACUUAAACUGCGAUAGUACUUGUUUAACUGACGGUUCAAUUUCCUCCACUUCUGGCCAAAAAUUACAGGAUUUGUUAUCUCACUUUAACUACACGGUUAUCAAUGACAAACCAACCAGGGUGACAAGUGGUACGUCUACUCUAAUUGACCAGGUAAUAAGCAGCAAUCGUAACCUGAUAAAAAACACCAGAACAAUCGAGCUUGGAAUCUCGGACCACAUGCUUGUACAUGCAUCAGUCCAAACAAGGAUCAAGCGACCUCCCACCUUGUUUUCGUUGUUUUGCAACGAUUUGCCUGAUAUAGUUGGGAAUUGUGAUGGUGAUAUUCACCUGCAUGCUGAUGAAACUACGAUUUACGCGGCUGCGUCUUCUCCUGAUAUGGUCGCUGUUGUCUUGAACGUUAUCCUUCGGAAGUUGUAUAACUGGUGCUGCCUUAACCGCCUCAUACCCCAUCCUGUAUUGAAUCAAUUAGAUGACAGUCCAUGUGACAUAUCGCAAGACUGGUGUGGAUGGAAAAGUAUUCAUGGCUGGAAGAGUCUCAAGAACAAGGACCUUGACUAUAUCUAUCAGAACGAAAGUGGUGAUACUGGUAAUGACAAACAGGGCGGUGUUGGCGACUCUGUUCACUCCAAUGGUUUUGGUGGCGAAAUACCGAUGGGCGUAGCAGAUGACAUGUGGCACCACGUGUGUGUAUUGUGGAAUAAUCGUAAGAGGCUCAUGCAGGUAUUCAAAGACGGCGAGAGAAGAUACAGUUCAUUUGAAUCCCAUUUUACGCCGAUCGAAGUGGAAGGAACCAUGACCAUUGGUUUCAGAAAUCACAACGACAAUGCGUCAAUUGCUUUGGGUGUACUGAGUGGUUUCAAUCUGUGGGGUCACCCAAUGCCAGUCGAGGAGAUACUGCGCAUGUCAUUUGGAUGUGACAGCGAAGAUGGUGACGUGAAGGCUUGGAAAACAGUCAGAAAAGGGUUGCAGAAAGAAGUGGAAGUAAAACUGUUUCCAACCUGCAGUGAUAGAGGAGGUGGCCGACUUGUCGUGGACACCAACGUCAGCCACUUUACCCAGUUGGCUGUUCUCAUGAGGCCGCUAUACAAUAGAUCACAUGACUGGCCUAGUGAGUGCCUAAAGUUUCGUUACAUGUUCCGGGGACCUGGGAAGAAGACACUUACAAUUUACCAGAAGACAAAAACCUACCGUAAAAUUCCAAUCUGGAUUUCAGGAAGCAACACCGGCAAGAACUGGCUUUACGGUCAAGUUCCUUUGAAUUCUCUCUCUGAGUUUCAG